AUGCCAAAACCUGUGGUUUUAACUGCUGUGCUUGUACCGUACUUCGAUCUAGCCUUACCGGGGUCCACUGUAGCUUCUCCCUUUACACCUAUUUUCUGCUUUCUCCUGAAUGGUCUGGGAUGCCUCGUGGUCGCCGUGGCGAUAGCGUCGCUGGUGCUUAAUGUUCUUGUCUUCGUACGGUUUCUGGAUGACUACCCCGGUAAAGAUAAGUCAAAUCCACCGAAGCUUCUGAUAGUGCCAGAGCGUCCGACAAUUCACAAACGGAAUGUGCAACUUCCGGCAAAGUCCAGGAUCAUUAGCCUGGCAUCAAUACACGCCAACAGUUCAAAAUAUUGUCCCAGUUAUGGAGAAGCGCUCAACACACCUGCAUGGAAGGCGGCUGCCACCAACCUGCAGAAUGCCAUCGACGAAGAUGUCAAUCCAUGUGACGAUUUCUAUAAAUUCUCAUGCGGCAAGUACAUAAGCCAUACCCAAGAAGGGGUUUCGACGUUACAUCAAGCUCAACUGAAUGUCAACAAGGAGAUUGUCAAGAUUCUUAAGAAUGUUGAUGUAAACGAUGAAAAUAAAUGGUUUGGUGCCAUUCCCUUUCUCAAUCAUACGAUCGACAGACCUUACGAUUUCUUUGAAACAGCUGGAUCUCUUCUGCAAUUGCGUGCUCUCGGAACAUUAACGGCGUCAUGGCCCGUUCUCCCUAUGCCUCGGGAGUACUAUGUACAGCCACAAUAUAUGGCAUAUCUGGAGGUUCGAGGCAAACUGAUAAAACGAAUGCUCACUGAGUUCGCCAAAUUGAUCUUGGACGAUCCAUCAAAAUACAAUGAUAUGAUAGAUGAGGCUUCGAACGACAUCGUAAGUUUCGAGAGGCAAAUCGCCAUGGCAUCAUGGCCAGAUAGUGAGUUGAGGGACUAUGGAAAACAAUACAAUAGGAUCAAUUUGGACAAAUUGAUGUCGAGAUACCCGACUCUCAAGUGGGAGAGUUACUUCUAUGAGUUGCUGUCGACAGCUAGAUCAGGACCAAUGCGUGCCGAGACCAAUGUUGUCAUUUCACAGCCGUCGUAUUUCGCGUGGUUGAGUUCACUUAUAGCCACUAAGGAAAAGAAGAGAAUGAGUACGAUCGUAAACUACAUGAUCACUCAACUGCUAUUUGAAAUAAUUAAGUCGUUAGACUGGAUGUCAGCAUCGUCUAAGGCAAAGGCGCUGAGAAAAGGUUACAUUUGGAUUUUCUUUUCUGAAAGGCACUCAAACGAUGUAGUUAAACUUCUUUCAGUCGAACUAAUGCCAACAUACAUCGGGUGGCCAUUGGCGUUUGGAGAUUUCAAGAACACCACUGCCAUAGAUGAUUAUCAUCGUAAAGAUUACGCUCCCAUUCUUGAAAUUUUCAAAAAGGAUCCUACCGACUUUUACAAUGUCAAACACACCUUACAAAGAGCUUUUAUAAAUCGAGAGCACGUACGUCCGUUUGUUCACAGAGCGAAUAGGAUGAAUUUCCUUAUGUCACCAGCCUUGGUUGACGCUUGGUAUCAACUGGAGAGGAAUGUACUCGUCGUACCUUGUGCUCUUUGGAGUCCACCUUUCUACAACAAAGAUUACCCGAUGGCUGUCAAUUUUGCCGGUCUUGGUAGCGUUGUGGGACGCGAGCUUGUGCACGCUUUUGAUGAUGAGGGAAUUCAGUUCGAUGGAUUUGGAGGGCUCAUCUGUGAGGAAUGGAAACACUGUUCCUGGGCGGACGACAAAACGAAGAAAGCCUACGUAGAUGCGGCUCAAUGUGUUGUCUCUCAGUACAGCAGCCAGUGUUGUCCGGUGAAAGAAGGAUUCACGCGUUGCGUCGACGGUGCAGCAACCCAAGGUCAAAACAUUGCAGAUCUCGGAGGUAGGUGUCGUACCUCCUGUUGUUACCCCAUCCGGUUGCAGGCAGCGUAUACGGGAUAUCUAAAAUACAUGCAGGAUCGGAAUGAAACAGAAAAAAGACUGCCCGGCUUGGAACAAUAUACUCCCAAGCAACUGUUCUGGAUGUCCUACGCAAAUACGUGGUGUUCAAAUGAAGGAAAUAUUGCACGAUUGUUCCAGCUGAUCGCAAAUCAACACGCUCCCGCUGCGUGUCGAACUAACCAAGUGGUGCAGGAUAUUCCUGAAUUUGCGGCGGAUUUCGGGUGUCAAGCGGGAGAAAAAAUGUUCCCUUCCCCUGAUGCUCGAUGUAAGGUGUGGGCUUAG